UACCAGUUACACACUUUCACAACCUCUGCUACCUCUCACGACUCUCGACCUCUGCUACUUCUCUCAAAGCUUGCGUUACCUCCUGCCUCCGUCGUCCUUGCCGCCACCGCCUCCGUCCCUUCCGCCGCCGCCGGCGCCUCCGCCUCCGCCUCCGUCCCUGCCGCGCCGCUGCCGCUCUUGUUUUGGGUCGCUUCGUGCGCGGUUGGUUGCCCUGUUCUCAUUAACAACGUUCCAUUGUUCCUCUCCUCAAGCAAUUUUCCCCUUCCUCAUAAGGGAAGCAACAAAAGGGUGUGCUUUUCAAGCUGUAUUUGUUCUGUGUAUAUGCUUACAGAGUGAGGCCUUUGUUGUAAUUAUGUGGAGGAUGAGCUGCCAGCCAUGGAUGUCAUGAUUCAUUGUGACCUUAUUCUUGGCUACAUAGUCUGGCCAUUAUCUGCCUUAGGAAUUGAACCUAAGUUUACAAUUCCUCAUUCUGCUAGAGUGGAUGAAGUGGUUCUUGCCAAUGGAUUCAUUGGAAGCGUUCUCUCAGACUAUUUCUGGGCACUCUGUGUUGUAUGGACAACUCCCCUUGUGGCCACUUUGGGCAUGUUACUCACCAUUCCUCUUGCUAUGUUGGCUGACAUGUUGAUCCACGGUCGGCAUUAUUCAGCAUUAUACAUUCUUGGCUCAGUUCAGGUAUUUGCAGGCUUUGUGAUAGCUAAUAUUUCAGAUUGGAUGACAAAGAAGUUGGGAUUAUAACAUAUGGUUUUCUAGAUUAAUUUGGUAAACACUGAUUCUUUCUUUGGUCGGUCAUCUUUCCACUACUAUGAUUGAGUGCUAUACCAUGAAUCAAUAGUCACUCGCCAAUGGGGUGGGUGCAUAGUUUGGGAAACAAAAAAAAGAGUUUAAAAUUAAAACCAAUGUGUUAAUCCCAGUUUUUGUGAUUUUUUAAGGGAAGCAACAAAAGGGUGUGCUUUUCAAGCUGUAUUUGUUCAUUGUAUAUGCUUACAGAGUGAGGCCUUUGUUGUAAUUAUGUGGAGGAUGAGCUGCAAAAAAAAAAU